UUUUUCCCUUCUGCACAGAGGAGGCAUUCACGUGAAGGGGGCGGGGGGGAGGCGCCCGAGCCAAGCGAGCGGCACGACUGCUGCCCGAAUCCAACAAUUAACCUUGAUGAACACAGAUUGGUUUCACUUAUCAGGCGCAGGUGCGUGGAGGAUUUGGCGAUACGGCGCAGCUGAGCCAUCCCAUGUUUACGACCGGACACUGACGCAUUUGAUGCCAAACACAGAAACUACAUGGAUUGAGGAUAUUGCAGCUGAUUAUUAUUUUUUCUUCCUCACGGGACGGGGCGCACAUUGCCAUGGGAGCCUGUCAGCUACUUACCUUUCGAAUUCAGGAGCAUUGAAUUGAUUUGGAGACGGCAUAUCGGAAUUUGACCGCCGUGUCAUUGCCCAGCGUACCAGUUUGUCUUCUUAGCGGCGGAGACAAGAAGGAGGGGGAGAAACUGUCCGCUUCACUACUCUUCAUAUAGGCGCCCUGGACGGCUUGAAAUGGGGACCACAUCCCGGCUGUGCUCCGUGUGAAGAAGAGGCAGAAGCGGGGCGGCAGUAAUUUUUUUUAAUUUUUUUUUUCUCUCUCUCUCUUUUCUUUCGACUCUCAAGGGCGCAAAAAAACAAAAGUGGCCGCCGGGCCGAGCUGCGAACAUGGAGCGGGACGACACCGACACCGACACCGUGAGCGCGUCCAAAAAGACAAUCAUCGCCAAGAUAUUUAAAGUUCGCAAGAGGAGGGAGAUGCUUUUCGUGCAGGUGUGCUUCAUCUGCAGUGUCCUCUUCGUGGCGUGGAGCAUGUCUGCGCUGUUGACCAAGACAGGCCAUGGCAUGAUAGUGGAGGGAUAUCCGGAUCCUGAGCACUGGGGAAGACGGCUAAUGGCCUCGGCACUAGAGAACGAAACGGAGCCUAAGAACUGUUCAUCGCCAGCAAUACACGAGUUCCCCCAUGACCUUUUCACCAACCCGGAACGAAAGAGUGGUGCCGUUCUUUUGCACAUCAUGGCAGCACUCUACAUGUUUCUGGCACUCGCAAUUACAUGCGACGAAUACUUUGUGACAUCGCUGGAGAAGAUCUGUGAGAAAUUAGACCUGAGUGAAGAUGUUGCAGGAGCCACCUUCAUGGCAGCUGGCAGCUCUGCACCAGAGCUUUUUGCUUCUGUGAUUGGUGUCUUCAUCACCCACGGCGAUGUGGGGGUGGGGACCAUCGUUGGCUCAGCCGUCUUUAACAUCCUCUGCAUCAUCGGUGUCUGCGGGAUCUUCGCUGGACAGGUGGUGAUUUUAACCUGGUGGGCGGUCUUCAGGGAUUCCUUCUACUACACCCUGUCUGUUUUGGCUUUGAUUGCAUUCAUCUACGACGGGAAGAUAGUUUGGUGGGAGAGUUUGGUGCUGGUGGUCAUGUAUGCUGGCUACAUCCUCGUUAUGAAAUUCAACUCCAGCAUGCAGAGAUUUUUCAUGGGGUCCAAGUCCAAGAAGAAUGUGGCCAAUGGUAACGCUGCGGCCAGCAGCGAGAUGGAGGACGGUAAUACUAGUUAUGACUAUGUUUCUGAUGAUGACCCGUCAUCGCCUUUACUCGCAAAAGUCAAGCCCACCAAAGCUUACAGCCGCGGAUCGGUCGUGAUGGUGGACGAGAUCAUGAACGCCAGCCCCUCCAAGUUCAGGUUCCCAGAAGCCGGCCUCCGCGUCAUGGUCACCAGCCAUUUUGGACCCAAGACCCGUCUGCGCAUGGCCAGUCGUCUCAUCAUUACAGAGCGCCAGAAGUUGGUCCAAGCCGCCAACGGAGUGGAGACACAAGUGGUUGACGGGAAGGUGGAAAUCGAGAACGGAAACGUGCCAGAGGACAAACCCACCGAGCCGGAGGAGAACGACACCAUCUCACCUUUUCAUAUUCCAAGGGGGAUCGGCAGUAAGCUGAAGUGGCUCCUCUCGUGGCCUCUGCUCCUGUUGCUGUUCUUUACCGUCCCAAACUGCGCCAAGCCGCGCUGGGAGAAAUACUUCAUGUUCUCCUUCCUCCUGUCCACCGUCUGGAUCGCCGUCUUCUCCUACCUAAUGGUCUGGAUGGUGACUAUAAUCGGCUACACUCUGGGGAUCCCUGACGUCAUCAUGGGCAUCACUUUCCUGGCAGCAGGCACCAGCGUCCCGGACUGCAUAGCCAGUCUCAUCGUGGCUCGGCAAGGUUUGGGAGACAUGGCGGUGUCCAACACUAUCGGCAGUAAUGUGUUCGAUAUUCUGGUGGGACUGGGGGUUCCCUGGGCGAUACAGACCAUGUGCGUCAGCUAUGGGUCGGAGGUGAUGAUCAACAGUCGGGGUUUGGUGUACUCCGUGGUGCUGCUGCUGGGCUCUGUGGCCCUCACGGUUUUGGGAAUCCACCUGAACAAAUGGCGGCUGGACUGUAAGCUGGGUGUGUACGUCCUCACCCUGUACGCAGUCUUCCUCUGCUUCUCCGUCAUGAUCGAGUACAACGUCUUCACCUUUGUCAACCUGCCCAUGUGCAUGGAAGAUUAGAGCACAGCAGCAUGCCUCGGAUACCAAAACCUCAACUCCCCCCAUAGGAAACCCCAAAUAUUAUUUUUUUUCAAUAAGACCGGACCUAUUGGGAGACUCUCUUUCUCCCCCCUUACGCUCGCUCUCUCUCUCUCUCCUGUAAUUCCUUUUUUUUUUGUCUUGAGUAUGACUCAUUUUCUCAAGAGGCAGUAUAGGCUGUAAGAGUGGACUCUGUUCUACAUCUCUGAUUUGUCCUCUUGUCACACAGUGCCAGUCCUUAAUGCCCACUAUUUGGGGCAUUGCCUGUUAUUGCAGUAAAGUCUUUAUUUCCUCUGUGGGCCUGUUAACUUUCUACCCAUCUAGCAUGCCUUUAGAUGUCGGGGACCUCCAGAAUCAUAAGUGCCCCUGUUGAGUGUAGGUGUGUGUUUUCACUGUUUUCACAUUGUAGAUUACCAUCUGCCAUUUUUUUCCAAAGCUUUUUUUCCACAAACCAAACCAGAGUCUUUGAAGAAGAAAAAAAAAUCUCAUGACUCCAACCAAAACUUCCACAUAGAGAGAACUCUCCUUGAAAUCAUUCCCAAAAGUUCCCCAGCACCCAAAGAAAAAGAACACACUGAUGUUUAUUUUGGAGGAGGGUUUUGUCCUCGGCAGCUCCCCUUCUCCAGCCUGGACCCAACGCCCCCUUGCAUGGCCUUUGGCAUCAGGGAGCAGAAACUGUUAGCGCUUCUCUUCACUCCCCCCCCCCCCCCCCCCUCUUUCUCAACCCUCAUCUGCUUGAUCAAAUCUGCUUUGUUUUCUUAAAAAAAAAGACACUUUUGUGACACUUUGUGUCUGAAGUAUCACAGUCCGGAUCAGUCGACUGUGAGGGUGUUACGCAUAUGCAGCACGGCACAAUGUGAACACCUUUCUUUUGUUUCUUUUGUAUUUAUUUUUUCAAAACAAGGUUUUGUCUAGUAUGAAAUACGGAGGAGAGCUUGUUGCAAAUAUAAGACAUUGCCUGUUUGUUUUUUUUUUUCACUGAAACAAAUUGCACAUGGAAAUGCUUUUUCUUGCUUUGUGCUGUAAAGAGAUUUGACCACUCAGAGGUGUCUGGCUGGUUGUGGUGACUUACACUCCAGCAUUUCUUUUCAGUGAUGGGUCAGUCCACUUUUCCCUUCGCACAACUUCAGAAGAAGAAAGAGAAACAAACUGGCUCCAGAUCUAUUGGACGCAUCCGAUUUUUUUCUGUCAUCAUCAGGUGGUCUGUUCUCGUCUUGAGACAGCUCGCAGAACGGAGGAAGUUGUUUGACAAACAAAAUGCAAAGAAACCGGACGGUUCUCAACACUGUCUGCUAUAACACUCUCUGGCCGGUAGGGGGCACUGCAGCCUUUCUACCCAGGCCAGGGGUGCCAACCACAGCCGUCGGUUAUCAGGGAAACUCGGAGAUGGACAACUCCAGGAGGUGUCGAUGGUGAUGGUCUCGUGAUUUUGAGUUACAUGUAGAUAUUGCACUUUAACAGCCGUCCUCUCAUUCUGAAUCAACUAGUGCUUCCUUCUGUGCGUGUGUAUUUUCAGUGUAUAUGUGUGUGUGUGUGUGUGUGUGUGAGGGACAGAGUGAGAACAUUGUGUGUGUGUGUGUGUGUGUGUGUGUGGAAUGGGCCCCUCGCUUCGUAUUUCUCACUCCGGGCUUUUUGAACAGACUGGAACCUCGUUAACACCAUGAGCACACCCCGCCUCUGUCUGCAGUGCAUGCUGGGACUUUUAAACGCAGCUCCCUCCACAGCACAGCGGGAAGAAAAGAGGGAAAAAAAAAAAAAAAAAAAAGGCUGAGGGCUUCAGGGCGUCUCCACGAAAAAAAGCGCCUGGCCCACUUUUACAAAAAUCGGCAGCUACGAGCUACACUGCAAUCCAGACAUUUGACAUCAUGCAAAAAUGCCUGCGAGGAGUCAACAACUGAGGUGCAGAGACUACGAACGGACAUUUUUCUGUUGCGUGGGGAGUGUUUUACGUGUUUAAAAUAUUCCUCUGCCGCGCUGUCGGCAGCAGGCACUUGUAUAUGCAAUCUCGAUUUAAAGAAUUCUAUGUGAAAGAAGGUCCCCCUGCAAGGUCGCCAUAAAAAGACGGGGGAUCCCGCGGAGAUGUGACGUCGGUUUGUCUAGUAGUACUUGAUGUGUGAGCUCACAGGUGUGUGUGUUUGGGACAGCUGAGGAACUGAGCCCAAAGCACAGACUUUUUUUUUUUCUGGAACAGUGACUUUGAGGGAAGUCUGAUUUCUCCUCCUGCACACACACUCCCUUUUUUCUCCUCUUUCUCGACUCUUGUCCCCUCUUGCACAAGGGCAUUAACUCUCCACCAACCCGAGCUGAUGGCGCAGAGGGGCAGCAGGGAACACACGGAUGGAGGGACGGUUUUCAUACACCGCCCUCGGGACGUUGUUACUUUUUUCAAAGGACCUGGGUGAGAGCAGACUUCAAGGAAUUAAAAAGAAAAAAAAAAGAAAAAAAAGAUGGACCCCCUUAAGCUGCUACUCUAUCAGGGCUGUGUUUACUGGAUGGAGGUGACCACACAGGGACAUCCUUGUACAUCACCCUUCCUCCCUUUGAACCUUUUCAGUGGGCUUUCUGUGCGGACAGAAACUACAUUUGGAUGCUGUUUUUUUUGUCAAAGGAGGAAGGUCUGUACUGCUCCUGAGUUGAUUCAGAAUGUGCGGUGUUACGGUUUUAAAUUUAUUUCGGUGUAUACUUUUGUUGUUGCUCUGUGUGGUCAUGUCCCGAUUGCCAGGUUUGACAGGGAACACCGCAGCAGGGGGGGAAACAAAACAACCGCUCCUCUUUUUCUUGUCCUCAUCUUGACUACAUUCUCAACGGUUGUCUGACUCGCAUCUUUGUAACCAAGACACUUUUUUUGAAAGAGGAAAAAAAAAAAGAUGCCAUACUUGUCGUAGCUCUGCAUUAAUUCAGAUUGUAUGGAAAAUCCUGUGUACAAAAUAAGCGCACACACUUUAGAAAACACAAGUUAGAAAUGGCAAUUGAACACGAGAAGACUGGUGUGUAUUUCUUGAUUGAAUGCGACCUGAUGCACUGUGAGCUCAAUGUGACGUGGGAGUUGUUUGUCAAGAAUAAUAAAUGAUUAAAAAAUAUAUUUAAUGUAAAGUUAGUUACUAUAAAAACAUUACUGAGGACAUCUGUAUAACGUAUAUGAAUGUAUUGUCUUGCUAUACUGGACAUAUCCAACCAAUGCAUUUUACUGUAAAGCAAUAAUGUGAAGAAAAAAAAUAAAAUGGCAAAAUAAUUCCUGUA